GUCAAACUUUGUAGCAGACACCCUGAGCGGUGGGCCUUGUUAAAGGGGAAGAGAAACACACUAAACACAGAACCAACCCAGCAUGGAUGCAGGGCCAUCAGAGGGUGUAGGGGAGGUGGAGAUACACAGCCAGGACGCCAUGGUUGCUGACCUCCUCCAGCAAGCUGCAGAGGCUGGGGGCGUGGUAGAGGGACAAGCUGGAGUCAUCCUUGAACAAGGUCAUGGGGAAGAGUUGGUAGCAGCUGCCCAGCAACAGCUAAUGGAGGCCGGGGUUGGUGUAGAAGAUGGACCAGGUGUUGAAAUGAUGGUUAUGGACUCACUGGACCCCACUUUGCUGCAGAUGAAGACUGAGGUGAUAGAUGCUGCACUGGGGGGGUCAUCAGCUGGUUCUGCUCACCAAGCAACUGUAACAACAGUGGACCAGACUCAAAUCAUCACACUACAGGUGGUUAACAUGGAGGAGCAGGCAGCUUUAGGCCUGGGAGAGCUGCAGCUGGUCCAGGUGCCAGUUUCUGCCACCACUGUGGAGGCCCUGCAGCAAGGCACCUUUGUUGACACCACUGCGAUGCCAAAGGAUGGAGACCCAGUCAUUUGCCACACCCUACCACUUCCGGAGGGCUUCCAGGUAGUUAAGGUUGGUGCUAAUGGGGAGGUGGAGACAGUGGAGCAAGAAGAGGAGGGAGGACAAGGCCACCAUGAAGAGGAAGAAGAGGAGGUGGGGAACCAGCUGUUGGAAGAAGGGGAAGAUGGGCCCAUUCAGACUCCAAAUGAUGACCCAAACUGGGCUAAAGAUCCAGACUAUCAGCCUCCCUCUGGAAUUUUGAAAAAAACUAAAAAGGGAAAAAAGAGUCGCCUGCGUUACGCUGAAGGAGAUAAGGAUAUGGACGUCAGUGUCUAUGACUUUGAAGAAGAGCAGCAGGAGGGCCUUCUGUCUGAGGUCAAUGCUGAGAAAGUGGUGGGCAACAUGAAACCACCCAAACCUACAAAGAUCAAGAAGAAAGGAGUGAAGAAGACAUUUCAGUGUGAACUCUGCAGCUACACCUGCCCUCGGCGCUCCAACCUGGACAGACACAUGAAGAGCCACACAGAUGAGAGACCACAUAAAUGUCAUUUGUGUGGAAGAGCCUUUAGGACGGUCACCUUGCUAAGAAACCAUCUCAACACACACACCGGAACUCGUCCACACAAGUGCACAGACUGUGAUAUGGCUUUUGUGACUAGCGGAGAGCUGGUUCGUCAUCGUCGCUAUAAACACACACAUGAGAAACCCUUCAAAUGCUCCAUGUGCGACUAUGCCAGUGUGGAGGUGAGCAAACUAAAGCGUCACAUUCGAUCCCACACUGGUGAGCGUCCAUUCCAGUGCAGUCUCUGCAGCUACGCCAGUAGAGACACGUACAAGCUGAAGAGACACAUGAGGACACACUCAGGAGAGAAACCUUAUGAGUGCUACAUUUGCCAUGCCCGUUUUACCCAGAGUGGAACCAUGAAAAUGCACAUUCUGCAGAAACACACGGAAAACGUGGCAAAAUUCCACUGUCCACACUGUGAUACGGUUAUUGCACGUAAGAGUGACUUGGGUGUCCAUCUUCGAAAGCAGCACUCGUUUAUUGAGACUGGAAAGAAGUGUCGUUACUGUGAUGCAGUCUUUCACGAGCGCUACGCUCUGAUCCAGCACCAGAAGUCCCAUAAGAAUGAGAAAAGGUUCAAAUGCGACAUGUGUGACUACUGCUGCCGCCAGGAGCGACACAUGGUGAUGCAUCGUCGAACCCACACUGGAGAGAAACCAUAUGCCUGCAGCCAGUGUGAAAAAACCUUCAGACAGAAGCAGCUGCUGGACAUGCACUUCAAACGCUACCACGACCCCAACUUUAUCCCCACCGCCUUUGUCUGCCCCAAGUGUAGCAAGACCUUUACUCGCAGGAACACCAUGGCACGCCACUCUGACAACUGCAGUGGUGAGGUUGAGGACGCUGAGAACGGAACUCCUACCCCAAAGAGAGGGAGAAGAGGAAGAAAGAGAAAGAUGAGGAGCAGAAGAGAUGACGAUGAUGACAGUGAGGAGGAUCCCGUUGAUCCCGAUGAGGAGGAAGAGGGUGAGGGAGAGGAAGAAUCACCACUGCUACCGGAAGAUGAGGACCCAGAAAGCAUGGAAUUGGAUCAGGCCCCUGCCGCCAUCCCCGUCCCAGCCCCUGACGAGCCACCAGUCAAGAGGAAACGAGGCCGACCCCCUAAGAAUGCCCCUAAGCCUCCGACACCUACCAAGUCAGUCAGAGUGGCUGCCAAGACAACGGCUGCUGCUGCCAUCAUUCAGGUGGAGGAUGAGAGCACUGGAGCGGUGGAGAACAUCAUUGUGAAGAAGGAAGAGGGUGACACUUCUGCAGCGACACCUCUGGAGCAUGGAGUAGCUCUGGCGAUGGAGGGGGUGGGGCUGGAGGGGGAAGGGGUGGAGACUGUUGAGCUGGCUGUCAAUGAAGAAACGGCAGCUGCUGCCGCCAAUGGCGAUCUAACGCCAGAGAUGAUCCUGAGCAUGAUGGACCGGUGAACACAACACGCAGCCACACACGUGUAGCCAGACUAUGUGUAAAGCUAAUAUUUCCACAUCCUUAGCCUUCACCUCAUGUCUCAUCUGUAUGUGCUUUUAACAGCAGCCAUGAUCGCGCCUUUGGAGUGGCUGCACAAACUGGUGACAGCAAAAAUAUCCAUGCACAAAGAAAGGAAGCUGCAUGUAAAUACUUCCACAGUAACUUCACAUCCAUGUAUGUCAACCUGCUAGACACUGAAGUUUGUGAAUCAUAAAACCCACACACAGACACACCCAAUACCAGAUCAUGUGUCAUCUCAUAUACAUCUAAAAUAUCUGCUCUAAAUUCUUUUUUCAUAAGCUGAAUGUCUAUUGAAUGAAUCAUUUAUUUCGCUAGUUGUGUCUACACAAAGCCACAUCCUGUGUCAAUCCUUACCAACGCACUCUGCAGUUAAUGUUCAGCAGGAAACCACCUCCUCUGUGUAUGUUGCUCUGCCGCCAUGUACAACUGUCAUGUGCUCUUCCCUCACCACUUAAUUUUUCUGCUCUCUUGCUUGAGUAUGUUUCAGAACAUUUUGCGAAUCCCUGGCCUUUAUUUGUUUGUAUAUAGAUAUUGUAUGUAAUUUUUUCCUAUUGAAGAUCAGGAUAUUGAAAGAAGGAUCCUUCCUUAUAAAUGAGAGAGGCAGGUACAUUAAAAUGAACAGAGCGAUUCAUAACUGUGGUACAUCUUUUAGCUUCAUUCUAAUGGAAACAUGCCCUCAGUCAGAUCAUGUACAGUACAUCCUUGAGAUAGCUGCUAAAUUAGUUAUUUUUGAACUUUUUUCUAUUUUUCUUAUUCUUAUUACUGUUGGGGGCUAUUUAUAACUCACAGUUAAUAUUCUUCUUCCUCCCUGUUUGAAAAGAACAAAGACAGUUUUCAUCACAUUAACUUGGAGCAAUUACAUAUAAUCUUGAUGAAAUAUGUAACUGUAAUUGUGGGUUUGAACAUUCCAAAAACUUCAAUUAACAUGAUAUUAUUUCAAUGCAUUUGAAUAGUCUCACUUGAAAUAAUCAGCAGUCACAAACUCAAGUUUGUACACGGUAAUUAUCAGCCAUUCUAAAACCAAUCCAUGUUUUGUUUGGACCAGACUACCUUGUGAGUCAGUGUGUCCCUCAAACACCACCCUUUCCCACCAUAAUCCAUAAUGUGGCAGGUGACUUUCAUGUAAAUACAUAUUUUAAACUCUUAUUCUUUUUUUAUUCUUUUUGAUUUCUUGUAAAUCAUUUUAAAGUUUUUAAAUCGCUGAUUGGAGGAUGUGUUUGUUUAAAAAGUACACUGAUCUUCCCUGUUAUGUUGUAAACAUGUCAGAACCAGCCUGGGUUCUUCCUAACCAACCAAAACCAUCUUUGUAUUCCCUUGUUCAGAGCCAUUUUUUGCUUUGCUGUUUUACAGUUUUGGUUUGUGGCCAUUGGGUAGAGGUCACUGGGUUUUUCUACAGGUUGAUUAAUUAUGAGAGAAAAGGGUUCUGAGAAAAACCAACCUCCAUGCAUCAUAUUGACACUGUCACUUGUCUAGCAAUCAUUAAGCAGCAUCAGUUCUGUGACCGCAGGACAACAUGUGUUCUCAGUCAUGUUGCAGAAUUCUUUUUUGCUUGUUUUUUUUUUUCAGAGUUGAGAGAACAGAGAUUAUAAAACAUCCCUGUUUAAAGAGCUAGAAAACAGAAGAAACCUCUGUCAUGUUGAAGCUGAGACACUGUACAGCUGAUGAAAAAUAAAACCAUACUCAUACGCCUACAA